CCGAUCUCUUCGCAAAUCAAUGACGCGUCAGGAAGACAUAGCGCGGCAACUAGACGAGCUGACCGACUACCGGCCGUACUUCACGUGGUGGGUGAGCACGGUGCAGACGUUGGUGCUGUUGCUCUCGCUGCUGUGCUACGGGUUCGGCCCGGUGGGCUUCGGGCGGCACACGCACUCCGGGCAGGUGCUGGUGAAGAGUUUGAGUUUGCAGCAGGUGGAGUGGGAGGAACCGGCGUCAUUCUGGCUGGGUCCGCGGGCGGCUGACCUGAUACACUUGGGCGCGAAGUUUGCGCCGUGCAUGCGGAGGGAUGCGCGGAUAGCGAGGGCCAUCGCGGCCUCAGCGAGACGGGAGAGGGACACCGCGUGCUGCAUACGAAACGACGAUUCGGGCUGCGUGCAGUCGUCUAAGGCUGAUUGUUCCAUAAGAGGAUUAAUACCAAAGAACACGAUAUCAACGUGGAAAAAAUGGUCGUCCGGUGAUUCGGGCCCAGGCGGUCGGAUAUCGGGUUCCGUUUGCGGGUUAGAUCCAAAGUUCUGCGAAGCACCACGCUCAAUAGCUCCUCACGAAUGGCCUGAUGAUAUCACCAAAUGGCCGAUCUGCCGUAAGUCAGUGCUGGACGGGUCAGCGGCGGCAGGCCGUGCUGGCCACGCGGCAGAGCACAUGGCGUGUGAGGUCAUAGCACAUCCAUGCUGCAUAGGAGUGCACGGGCAGUGUGUUAUCACAACGAGAGAGCAUUGUGAUUUCGUGAAGGGUUACUUUCAUGAGGAAGCGUCUUUGUGUUCACAGGUGUCUUGUUUGGACGAUGUGUGCGGCAUGCUCCCGUUCAUGAGACGGCGUCGGCCAGACCAAUUGUACAGAGCGUGGACGUCUCUCUUCGUUCAUGCGGGGCUGCUGCACCUGGCCGCCACGCUGGCUCUGCAGUGGCUCUUUAUGAGGGACUUGGAGAAGAUGGCGGGGCCGGUGCGGAUAGCUGUUAUAUACUUGGGCAGCGGCGUGGCUGGAAAUAUGGCUUCGUCUAUAUUCGAGCCGUAUAGAGCUGAGGUUGGGCCAGCCGGAUCACAUUUCGGUCUUUUAGCAUGUCUAAUAGUGGAAGUGAUAGGCGCAUGGCCCAUUCUGAGGCAUCCAAGGCGUGCAAUAUUAAAAUUAGUCGGGGCGGCUAUAGCUCUGUUCUUGUUGGGCCUGCUGCCGUGGAUUGAUAACUUCGCGCAUGUGUUCGGCUUCGUGUUCGGGUUCUUACUCUCGUACGCAUUACUGCCGUUCAUAACGUUCGGGCCGUACGAGCGGCGGCGCAAGAUCGUGCUGGUGUGGGUGUGCCUGGUAUCGGCGGCGGGCAUGGUGUGUGCGCUAGUGGCGCUGUUCUACGCGGCGCCUGCGUACGAGUGUGCGGCAUGCGCGUACUUCACGUGCCUCCCGUUCGCGCCCGACAUGUGCGCCUCGCAGGACGUGCGCGUGCGCCAGCUGGACGGGGUAUGACGGCGCGCGGCCCGGGCGCCCCCGCCGCCGCCGCCCCCCCGCCCCGCACCACCCGCCGCCUGCCCGCCGCCCCGCGCGCCCCGCCGCCGACCCGCCCGCGCAUAGCACCCGCCCGCGCCCGCACCCCCGCCGCGCCACGAGCCGCACCGACGGAUGCCGACCCAGCGGCUGCCUCCACGCCGACCUCAUCGGAUGGAUGUUACGCGACUGACUACAUAUUUCACGUCACGUGGAAGACGGAAAUUCUGAUACACGAUUUAUUAGCAGUACUCGAGGAAUAAGUGCAGAUGUGACUGGAUGUGCGUACGGAUUAACGACGAAGGAUCCUUCGGACCCGGCUGUGUAUGUGGUCGUUACUUGCGUUUCGUAUUUUAUCUUAAUAUUGCUGAUUUCAUUAUCUCGGUUGUUAUGCCCCAGGAUCGAAUUCCUUACGUAAUCCCUACCCGUUCUAGCAAUAUAGACGAUUGUUGUAAAUCUAAUACUGAGCUAGCGGGUAUUGUAUCAUUGAGAAUUUAAAGUAACGAGUGGUGAGAUUUGUUAAACAUAUUUAUAAGGUUAUUUUGUGUGCGCGUCAUGUGUUAGGAUUGAAUUUGAAUGUGAUAAAGUUUUUUUCAACUUUAUUAAAGUACAAACCGACAACGGAAUCUUUCUAACCUUACGAAUUGGAGAUUGUGUUUGGAGGUUAUUAUCUAUUUGAACGUUGGAACAUCUUAACAAACAUGGAAUUAUCUUUGUUGAAAUAAAUUUCGAGAAAAUAUUGAUGUUUUAUAUCAUAUCGAGUAUUAAUUGGUAGAAAUACACUAUGAUAAUGGCGUUUUAAAAUUUUGUAAUAGAUUUAGCUCAAAAAGAUAAGACAAAACAUAUUACGAUCGAUUUGAAUUGAAAUCUUUGCGGGAUUACGUGAAACUAAAGUAGUAGAAGAACGAAAUAAUCCUUAUUUCAUCAAUUAGAGUAUAACAUAAUCACGACAUGAUCCAAAGGUACUUAUCUUCAAAGGCCAAACUUACUUAUCUGCUGAAAUGUAAAAAUAUACCGAUGUUACUAUUGACACUAAAUUAAAUGAAGAUUGUCCGGACCUAUAAUUAAAAUUUUCAUCUGUUUGAUAUAUUGCUUUAAUAUCCUUUUCAAUUCCUCAUGCCAAGAAACUAUAACUAGAAUCUUUAUAACUUAUCUAGACUGAUAUCUGCAGUACUUGCUUCGUUAUUCAAGAUUCUGGUAUUACUACCGUCUACAGAUGUUAGAACAGCAUCAAUUGAAAUCUGGUUUCUUGUAUAAAUAAAGUUACACACAAAAUCUUUUAUUCUUCUCUUAUAUAAAACUUUCAAACACAAUUCUUCAGUAUUCAGCAAUUCGACUUUAUUUCUUUCAAAUAAUCAUGAGAUACGGAUACCUUGUUUCGGAAACUGUAAAUAAUUUGUAAUAUACACUUUACUUGUGCGUUAAGUGAGUUGUAUUUAUGUGUGAAAUAAGUUGUCAGCGUGCAGUUUACGUGUUGCGUUGUGGCACGAUGUGCUAAAAUAUACAUUGUAUAUAUGAGAAUAAGGUUCAGAUUCGUUUUGAAUUGGUGAUGUUGCUGAAAGUAAUUGACAUUUUUAGGUCUAUUUCCAAAAUUUCAAAUAUUCCGUAAUUUAUAGCAUGACAUUGAAUAUGGAAAUACCAUCCUGUAGCCAGUUUGUCUCCUCCGAUGUUCAACAAUAGGCUCGAUCGGGAAUACAUCACUGUCAUAAGAAACCUUAGUGAAAUGAAAGGUGUUGAGUUUUAUGCAGUAGUUGAUGGGAGAUUUCCAAAGCCUCAAAAAUACCCAAUGUUUCUAAGCGAUAUAUUUUAUUUCAACACAGCGUGAAAAAAAGAACAGUUCAUUAAACGAUACUCAACUUUCUUUGAGUGACCCUUCUUCUGCUUCUUUCCUUCCAUCCUUAUUACAUUUCAUUUCAUCGUACAUCAUCAAACGCUACUCUUCUUUCCUUAAGUCAUCUUUUCUCUUUUUCUUUCCUUCCAUCCUUAUUUCAUCCAUUUUAAUUUCAGUCUAUUUCCUUCUUUUCUUUCCUUGAGUCAUCAUAAUAAAUGAAUAAGCCACAAACGAUAGAAGUUAACAAAUCUCUGGUGGUAUGGUUUCCUACAAUAUUUUGGACAUAGUAAAUAUUACUUUCAGCACCAUAAUUAACUAUUUGAUUUAUACUAAAUUCCCUUCUAAUAACAUCGUGUCACAACCCAACACCGUAACAGUGUCAAAAUAUAAAUAAUUUAGUAUAUUACUAAAUAAUGUAAAUAGUGUGUUAAAUAAAUUUGAUAUUUUCAUCUAUUAUGUUCACUAUAUACGCGUAUUCAUUCAUAAUAUAAGUAUCACUAAUCAAUUUUAAUUUCGUCAAUUUAUAUAGCUAAUCAUGAAGUCUGCAUAGGAGUAUUGUUUGGAUAUAUGCUAGGAAUAUUGACAGAAUUAGAUUUUUUGUUAUUGGAGUCUGUGAGCACAGUUAGCUUACGUCACGUGAUGCCGCGUCCAUUUACGAAGAUAAUGUAGGACCAAAUUAUUGUUUUAUGUAUGUUAAAUAUAAUAUUAUUUCGUUUAUUAUGAUGGUGAUAUAAUUUAUUUCUACAAUAAAACUGGUAAGAGAAACAAAGUGAUAUUUAUGUGAAUUUAGAGAGAGUUUAAAUUUAAAUUUAGAGUGGCAUAACGAAUAUUAACAUUAAAACUGUGAACCGUUAUUGUGAAUUAUUUAGUAUUGGAUUAAUGGUUGUUUAUAUUUUACUUGUUAUUGAAAAACUUUUAUAGUGUUUUGAAAUCGUCAAUAAAAAAAAAACAAUAAAAUCACAGAAAAUGUUACUGAAACGCUAGUUCCAAUAGUAUAAAGAUAUUUUUCUCUACUAUCACAUUUGUGUUCGCCCGGAUAGUGUCCACGAUACACAAGGUGCUAAAAUCCGCCAUAGUGGCUCACGUAAGUGUGUCGCAUUCCGGGAUCAGCCUAUUUAAAGAGGCUUAAAGAGGCCGGCAUAAUUGUGUCGACUAGCGACGGGUAUCACCUCCUGUCAGUCGAUAUUAGGUGGGGUCACUUUGUCGUGCCUGUAAAACAGGAGUGAUAAGAUUAAUUCGUUCUCUACCCAGUAUUUAACAGUAAAAGUUACAUUUCUUAAAUAGUAACCUCAUUCGUAAAACGUAAUAAUGAUUUUAAUUCCUUAUCAUCUAAUUCUGAUAACAUUGUUCAUGAUACAUGUUGAUAAUAAGUCUCAAGUUUAUAGGCGAGAUGUUUUAAGACAGAAUGUCAACCAAUGUAAUUCAGUAUAAGUGGUAUAUCAAUAUGAUGAUGAAUUGUAGAAGUAUGGGAGUCGAUAAUCUUAUUUCCCAGGGUGUCGAAUAUCUAAUAAAAAAAAAAACGCGGCAAUUGGUAAAAACAGAAAUAUUGUAGAAUUAGGAUGCAAUUAUUUUGUUAUUGCAAUAGAUUACAGUGAAAUUCGUCGACACUUUAGAAUUAAAAAGACACUAUCAAGUAUCAGUUUUUUCUACUGAUAAGGAAAUCCAUGUGGUAUUUACAAGAAACAUAAGUACUUGUGAAGUUUUUUUUUUAACACAAGUGUGCUUCAUUCACCUCUAAACGAUAUUCAAUAUUUCAUAAUAUUUUUUGUAUUUAUGCAAUUUUAGGAUAUACCUUAGUUCUAAGGAACUUGAAUUAUAAAAAUCACUUUGGCAGUAUGUCGCUCACUCUGAUUAAAUUUAUUACAGUAAGAUGAACAAUUUUCAAUCCUAUAAUUAACACCUAAAAUUAAUUUUCCUUACUUCAGCAGUCAAAAGUAACAUCACGUGACGUAAGCUACAUUUGCCUCGAAACAGUCGUACGUACAAGUCCACUAUAAUUUCUUGUAUGAAUUUUGCGAAUGAAUGAAAAAUGUAAUAAUAGUUUUAUAAACGGCAGUGUUUACUCAUUUAUUCGCGUAUUUAAUAAUGUAGUAUCUAUAGAAUACAAUGGUUAUUUUUAUAAUGUAGCAUCUACGAAGCUUAUCCUGUUUCUUAUAGCAAUAACACAAAUGUCACACUGCCAAUGUUAUGCAUAGUACCUUUUCUAUACUUUUGUUUAGUGUUAGGUAGUCUGGAUGCACAAACGGUCUAGGUCAGAUGAGCCAGAUUACGAAUUAAUUCAAACGUUUUAGUUUAGCAUCGACCUUUGAUUAUAUACUUAUUGUCAUAGAAAUAUGCAAUUUAGUCGUUCAUUGUGGAUUCAUGACAUUCUUUUGUAUAUUUCUGAUUAAAUAAGCAACUGAUUGUUCUACGACAGCAGACGUUUAACGCUCUACGCUCUGUCAGGAUUUAGAUAAUUCAUUACGAGACGAAUGGUAAUAUAUUCUAACGUUAAAUAUUGUUGCUGAAAUGUCAUCGAGAAAAUUUGUAGCUACAAAGGUUUCGACAAGCCCGGUUUACCUUAUAAUGUCGAUAGGUGUCUUGGGGUGGCGUUCUGUCAGUAUGCGCCGUGUCUAAUGUAAUACUGUUCACAGCCGUCUGCAAUUGUUUGUCACAAUUAAAAUCAACUAUAUAAUCAAAGUUCGAUAGCACAAAUUGCUUUCAAAAAGUCGUCUGGUGGAUUAUUAAAUUAUUUUUGAUAUCGAAUAGAUUGGCCGAGUCGACUGUUUUUUUGUUUAUGUUUAGAGGAACGCUGGCUCUUUUCUCUGCGUGUCAAGUGAAGCUCGAAGUGCCCUUGCGGCCGGCGGCCCGGCGGACUGUACUCAGAAUUUAAAAUUAAGAGCAACUUACAUAAUUGUACAUUGUGGACAUACACGUAAUUAUUACAUUAAAAUUUAAGGGUAUGGUAAUCUUAUUGUAAACUAGUAAUUAAUCGAACAAGAAACCUUAUUAUCAUAAUA